AUGGCUCUUGUAGCCCGCCUUACGACGAACGUCCCGGAAACGGAGCCCGAGGACAUCAUGGCCUCGGCACUCGGUGUAAUAUUUCCCGAUGAUAUCACGAACCAGCACGGCGAUCCCAGCCACGGCUUGAUAUACACGUCACCCCACCUCCCCAAGCCCCUGCACAUCAAGCUAGCGGACCCUACGGCCGACGAGGACCGUAGUCUGUUUGGCCAUUACCUGUGGAAUUCGUCGCUGCUGCUGGCCGAGCUUGUCGAGGCUGGGACCCUCAAGUUGGAUGCGGCCUCUGCCCCGCAUACCGCUGCACUUGCGGCACCGGCACAGCACAGUGACAAGCCGGUGCGGACGGCGCCACUGUCCAAAUUCAACGUCGCCGGGCUAAGCACCAUCGAGCUCGGCGCCGGCACUGCCCUUCCCUCUCUGAUGGCGGCGCUGCUCGGGGCCCGCCGCGUCGUCGUGACCGACUACCCUGCGCCAGUUAACAUGGAGGUGUUGCGACACAACGUAGCGGCCAACACGCAACCGUCGCUAUCGCCGUCCGGACAGAUCGCUGCGCUGGAUGUCUCCAGCGGCGGAGGUGGCAUCGAGGCCGAGGGCCACGGCUGGGGCGAGCUCGACGACACGCCGCUGGCGCGGGAGAACCGGCACGCCUUCGACCGCGUCUUCGUUGCCGACUGUCUCUGGAUGCCCUGGCAGCACGACAACCUGCGGCAGUCGGUGGCGUGGUUCCUCGGCGAUGGCCCGGACGCCAGGGCCCUGAUCGUGGCUGGGUUUCAUACGGGCCGGGAGAAAAUGCGGGGCUUCUUCGACGCGGAGGCGCUCGCGGCCCAAGGGCUCGAGGUCGAAUCCAUCUGGGAGAGGGACUGCGAUAGCAUUGACCGGGAGUGGGUUCUCGACCGCGGGUUCGAGGACCCAGGUGUGCGGAAACGUUGGCUGGUGGUGGCCGUGCUGAGGAGGGCUCUCCGAGGGAACGAAGACCAGACCUGGUAG